AGGCAAGCAGCCAGUCCCGCGCAGACCGCCCGCAUGCCCACAACGCGUAGCCUCCUCUCUUCGCGCUGGUUCCGCUCACGCCGCGCCCCGCGGUUAGACGAGCCUGAUGACACCACCGGAAACCAACCCCAGAACAUGGACCGAAGGCCGCGUGUCGCACGUGUUCUCAGCUCCCCUGCACGUGCGCAGACUGCGCCACUCGAUGAGGAAUCCCUCGAAAGGGCCUUUCCAUCCAUGGGUCACCUUGAAUAUGUUCUCGCUGGAUCUUCACCACCGGCCGAAAGCGCCCCUAAUAUGUACGAUAGCUUCGAGGAACCCCCACUGGACCUAACUGCGCACAUAUGCGCUGAUUCACUACGUCAGAGUGCUUACGAACAAAUGCGAGCAGUCGGCGGACGACUAAGACUGCUCGACGAAUUGGAAUCCGGCGUCAUAACAAUAGACACCGCUGUUAACACAUUUACAACAGCAUCUGAAGCCGAGAGAAAUGUAUGUUUAUUUUGGGUCGCCUAUCUCAAGUAUGACCAUUUUUUACAACCGCUGGUCGAAGCUGGCGCUGACCCGUUAUAUUUCGACGCGCUCGGUCUGUCUCCAUUACACGCGGCCGCAUUUAGUGGUUCGACGGAGUGCGCCAAUUAUUUAUUGUCUUGUGGAGCGGAUCCUAAUUACAUGCCGAGAUGCUUUGUACCGCUUCAUUGUGCUGCGUUCGGGAAUUCUGUACAAGUGGCUAAUUUACUGAUUAAUCGUGGUGCCUCAGUCCACGCGGCUGUAAAAUAUAUCAACUGUGAAGGAGGCUUAUUGCAUUGCGCUGUUCGAGCUAAUUCGGUUGACUGUCUGAAACUAUUUAUAUCACAUGGAGUAGACGUAAAUCAAAUAGAACCAGGCGGUACUAAUGCAAUUCAUCUCGCCGCUGAUCUCGGGAUGAUUCAGUGCCUUGCAAUAUUGAUAGAGACGCCUGGAGCCGAUCCUAACGUAAGAACGAGAGUGGGUGAUCGGGAAUCAACGGCUCUCCAUUUAGCAGCUGACGGUGGCUUCGUUGAAUGUGUCGAUUUACUACUAAACAAAGGUGCAGACGCCAGCUUAAAGAAUCAUCGAGGGUUUACCGCCUUACAUCUUGCCGCACGCUCUUCAUGUCUGGAAUGCGUGGAAUCAUUGCUUAGGAAAGGAAACGCCGAGCCUAAUUCAAUGGAUUUUGAUAAAAGAACUCCACUUCACGCCGCCAUAGGGAAGUCUGAUAGUGCCUGUGACAUAAUUGAAACCUUAAUAAGUUGGGGAGCAAAUGUCAAUCAAAAGGACGAGUAUGGUUUCACACCCCUGCACUUAGCGGCACUUGAUGGUCUCUCUGCUUGCGUGGAGACAUUAAUUUAUCACGGCGCUGAUGUAACAACGCGAUCUAAAAAAGGUAACUCAGCACUUAAUGUAAUCGCCAGAAAGACACCUGCGUCACUUGCGAUGAUAACGAGGAAGUUGGACUGUGCUAUCACAUUACACCACUCACAAACCAGUAACCGAGAGGUUGAACUUGAACUCGACUUCCGUAGCAUACUGCAGCAUUGUUACCCUCGAGAAAUAAGUUAUCUUAAUACAUUUGUGGAUGAAGGCCAGAAGGAAGUACUUCUACACCCUCUUUGCUCGGCCUUCCUAUAUAUAAAAUGGGAGAAAAUACGUAAAUAUUAUGUCGCCCGGCUAUUUUUAAGCUUCAUAUUCGUUCUUUGUUUAACUUUGUAUGUAUUAACUGCACUCGCGCAUAAUUGUUAUAAUGGAAGCAAAGACAUGGAAGAAACAAUACAAGAACAAGAACUAUGUCAAAAACAAUCCAUACUUGGAGAUUUACUUAGAAAAAAUCCGUUCGUAAUAGAAAUGCAAUGGUGGGUGCUAGCAGGCAUAACAAUUUUCGAAAUAUUCAGGAAAGUUUACGGCAUCGCGGGCUAUUCGACAGUUAAACAGUAUUUAAUGCAAUCAGAAAAUAUUAUUGAGUGGUUUGUUAUCGUAAGUGUGUUCUUAAUAUCAUAUAUUUAUACAAAUAUAACGUACACGUGGCAAAAUCACGUGGGGGCUUUCGCAGUUCUCGCGGGAUGGACGAAUUUAAUGAUGAUGAUCGGUCAGUUGCCAGUUUUUGGAACUUACGUUGCAAUGUAUCAGAAAGUACAAAAAGAAUUCGCGAAACUAUUGAUGGCAUACUCAUGUAUUCUUAUCGGAUUCACAAUAAGUUUCUGCGUGAUAUUUCCUGAUUCGUCAUCGUUCGCAAAUCCUUUUAUGGGUUUUAUAACAGUCUUGACAAUGAUGAUCGGCGAACUAAAUUUGGAUUUGUUAUUAAACGAGCCAGACGGCAAUGAUCCGCCGGUCUUGUUGGAAUUUUCUGCACAAAUAACAUACGUUCUUUUCCUCAUGUUCGUCACCGUUGUGCUUAUGAAUUUGCUCGUGGGCAUUGCAGUUCACGAUAUACAGGGAUUGAGAAAAACUGCUGGCCUUUCAAAACUCGUGAGACAAACCAAACUAAUAUCCUAUAUGGAACUGGCGCUGUUUAAUGGUUACUUGCCAAAAUGUCUCCUAAAGAUAUUACAUUCGUCGGCUCUUGUAUCACCGCAGGCUUAUAGAGUAGUUUUGAGUGUGAAACCGUUAAAUCCCAGUGAGAAACGACUCCCAAGAGAUAUAAUGAUGGCAGCAUACGACAUUGCAAAAAUGAGAAAACAAUAUGGUCACACAAUAUCAUCAAAUGGUUCGACUACAGGGGCGUAUUCGUGCUUCAAAAAAUACGAGAAUAACAAUGAUUCUGGCUACCGGGAGUAUGGUUAUUCGUCAGGCUUAGGAAGCCUUCAGGCCAGGUUGGAUGAAACGUCAGAAAAUGUUCGACAGUUGACACAGGAGGUGAAAGAGUUAAAAAAGCUUAUCAGUGCACAGCAGCUUGUAAUACAACAAGCCCUGUCAGUCGCAAUAGACAACCGUUGAUGAUAUAAUAGGCCGUUUAUAUUUCAAUGCCAGCGGUACAAGUCAAUAAACUAUGAGAAACGGUUAUUAUAUAUUUACGUUUAGAUUUGUGGACGGUUAAGAACUUAAAUUGUAAACGAUUUUUUGUAUUCGCAUUUGAAUGUUGUCGAGUAAAUUAUGUUUAAAACGAUGAGCUGUGAUCGAAAAUGAGAUAGUGCGUAAGGGUUUUGUGAUAUAAUUUAUCAUGAUAAUAAAUUUAUUUUUCAUAAGC